AUGAUUCAUGGCUCAGCGCUCAGCGUUAAAGAUUGUUUUCGCAAGCAUGAGGCAAGGCGGGAUUAUAUCUCCGGCGCACCCCCUUGGCAGCCUGAAGAGCUUCCAAAUUGGCCAAAUCGAACCUCCUAUCCCACGGCGAGACUCCAUCUCAAGUUCGUUCAUCGCAUCACCUCUAUGGCUCACAAAAGAAACUACUCAAACUCAUCGACAUCCGCCGCUCAGCCCUGCACGGUUACAACUAUCUUCGGGAAUGCGCAUGACGGUUCCCUUCAGUCAGUCGACCAGGUCCCCUUGAGCUUCGCGGGCGAGUGGAAUAGCAUCGUCGAGCGGUUCAAACAAGGGAAACUUGAAAAGUAUGCAACACACUUUCGCCUUGCACGAGCGGCGAUCUGCGACUCUCCGGGGGGCACAGAAGAAACAAGUGCCAAACUAGGCCCUUUUCAGCGGAUGGUCGAUCACAUUGAUAACGAGUGGCUCAGCGUUCGCACUCCGCCUAGAUUUUUUAUUCAAAGAGUUGUUCGAGGACCUGAGAAAUCCAAUAGGAGUCGGACAACUGGUCUGCAGAUUCAUAACAAAGCACCCCCGGUCAUUAGACGAGGGGUUCACCAGCUUGAAGAAGACACCCCUGAACAGCCAGCAAAGAAACGACGGGCUGAACCCGAUCUUUCCAAUCUUGACCAUAAAAAUGGUCUAUCCCGCAACAUUUCCCCUAAUUUGCGAUGCACCUUCAAUGUUCUCGCUUCUUGGGCCUCUAACGUCCAGGAGGUCAAGCAGCGGUUCAUUAAUCCCCCCGUCAACCUUGAUGUUGUCCUCUCCAACCGCUCCUCUCGUUCACGACCAGCUGUAACCGUCACUACUAUAUCGGAAUGGACCGUCACAUGGAUCAGCCUUGCGCGAGCGUAUCGCUUCGCGUUCCCUCAUCGAGAAGAUGAGCAUGAUGCUUACGGAGAUUACAUCAACAAUAAGUUCUGCUCAACUGUCGCCGCCGCUCACUUCAAAGUUAUCGACUUCGACAAGGCAGUCUGA